AUGUCUUUCCUCUUCGGUGGUGGUCGUCCCCAGCCCUCUUCAGCAGAGAAGAUUGCCGCUGCUGAGGCCGAGAUUGACAUGGUCUCGGACAUGUACAACCGUCUUGUCGAGACCUGCACCAAGAAGUGUAUCCCCAACAGCUACCGUGAGGGUGACCUUAACAAGGGCGAGUCCGUCUGCCUCGACCGUUGCGUCGGCAAGUUCUUCGAGGUCAACGUCAAGGUCUCGGAGAAGAUGCAGGGCGAGGCUGCUGGUAAGCAGGGCGGUGCUGGCGGUUUCGGCAUGUAA